GAUAGUGUGGUACCAGAAGUUCGUUCAGGGCUGGCUGUUCGAACAGUGCGCAGCAGCUACCCAUACAGCGAUAACAGAGAAAAUACAAAUGUGCAGUGGCAUCGCCUUCAAUAUAUUAAACAAUCGACGGUGCGCUGAAAAAACUAUGUAGCCAUCCUCAAAGCGUCCCAAACAGGCUGUUUUUAUGUGAAUCAAUUGUGCUUAAUAGUGGAGAGGCAAUUUGUCCACGUGAGACCAAAGUUAAAAGAUAGAGUUCGAGACGUUCGUUUCUGAUAAUCUCUUAAUGUACUUCAACGAUGGAGGCCGGCGACAUAUCAAAAAAGCAUUUAAGAGCCUUAUGCGACGCGGUUCGACGGGCAGAAAGCUCUCAGGAUGACAUUCUUUUACGACAGCGCGUCAAGGAAUACGCUGAGAAACUAAUGUUCUCUUCGCCAUUAGAAUUUGGUCGUCAAGCCGAAGAUAUCCUUUGGAAAAAGGCAUUUUAUGAGCCUGUAGCCCGCUUUAAAUCUAAGCGGGACCAGAUGAGUCCACUACAACAGCGGUUAAUCGAGCAGCUGCUCCUUUCUGGUCUUGGAACAUAUCAGCAAGUGCUUUCCAGAUUGGAACUUGACUUCGGCGCCCCACUCAUCGGGAUCAUUGACGCCGCUCUCAGUCGGGUUGGCUGGGAUGUUACGAUUGGGCGCAGAGUAAACGAAUUUCCGGUGGAGCAACAUAGUGAACUCCGCGAGUGGGCCCUUCAGUGUGCCUACCGAUGUCUUCUUGCGCUUGGCGACCUCUCCCGUUACCUUCACGAUUUAUGCGGACAAGGAACAAGUGGUGUCUCUCCUCAUCGAUCGGCGGCAUUCCGUUUUUAUCAUCAGGCCGUCCUGGUUCGCUCAUCUCAGGGACAACCUUAUAAUCAGUUGGGGACACUGACUAAAGGGGAGCUCGCGGGCUUGAAGGAAACAUACUUCUAUUUUCGAUGUUUGCUUAGCUCAGAACCAUUUGCAGGCGCGAAGAAUAAUCUGAACUUGUUAUUCGACAAAAAUCGCACCGCUUUAGUCAUGAAAGGAGGUAUGCCAACUGGCGGUUGGGAAAACAGUAUUCGCGCAUUACUUUCGGUCUCGGAACUACUGUGGCAGGGGGAAGUCCCGAAGCCCACCAUGACAGCGUUUGUUAUAAGGUCCCUCCAAUACGACCAGCCGCUUCGUCGUGAUGCUCAGUUCUACGCAUUGCUUCUACUGUUAGCGCUAGACCGGAAACUCACUAGAAAUAACAGGACAAGAAACGAAAAGGAACUGUCGGCCUCAUGGAAAGUUGUGCGCGAUUUACUCUUUGCGUUGGGUGGCCGACUCAUUCAGGAACUGCAUCAUUGCCUUUGCCUGCGUACCUGCUCGAAACAUCCCUUCAAUGAGAUACGCGAAGUCAACCAUUCCUUAGUCAUCAUGGACGGACAACAGAACAAUUGCAUUAUUCCAGCGGGUCAGAAAAAUGGAUCUUCAGGUGAUUCCGGCUCGGGGAGCUUUAAACGCCUUUCAUCAAAGCCCAAAAUUGUUCGUCGGAGGAGAGCAUUCGGCGAGGGUGAUUCGGAAGACGAAGAUGAUAAUGGAGGACGAGGUGCUGGUGACGGCGGUCCAUAUGCAAAUCGGACCGGUGAACCAGAUUCCGACGAUGAUUUGCAAAGCCAAGUGCAAGAAACAGAACAGCUUAAGCUUAACGGCGGCUCAACGAAGCAAAUGAAUGGUCAAACAAAGGACAAGGCACCGGAUGAUGGAGGUGAAAGUUCUGAUGAUUCGAUGUCUACUGGUUGGUCGAGUAGUUCGGAUGAGGAUGACGAAUCUGAGGACGAAACGAGUGACGACACGUUUGAUCCACACACUAACGACGAGUUUGAUAGGAGAGCAUCCCAAAGAUCUGAUUCUGGGGGUAGAGAUAAAGCAAAUGGAGGAAAGCUGCCUUCGCCGCGUCUGUCGCCGUUGUAUACGCUAGAUAAGGCGCUCAGCUGCAGACAGCUCGUCAAACAGGUGGCCUCGGAAGAACUUCUACCCGCAGCAAAGCUCUUCUUGGAUUGGUUGGUGCUCUUGUCAAAUGACGCUCGGAAAGGCAAGAAUAGUGAAGAUGAUCAGGGCAAGAAGGAAGGACAAACUCCCUCUGGGCUUCCGUUACGUGUUCUUAAAUACGUAGCUGACCUAGCUAAUUUAUUGUGCGUGCUUAAACAUAGAGUAAUGCAUGGAUCAGACAGUACCAUCGAGCAUGUCCGGAAUAGACUCAACGAACUAUCCGCCCAAAACGCUGUAAGAAAAUCAGACGGUAGCAACGAGACGACACUCACAACCGAUACAAAGGAUUCAUAUAGAAAGGAGUUUAUUCUUCCAGAGGAUAUUCAUUUCUCGCUAAAGGCUUCCCCAGCUUUAAGGACAUCAGCAAUCUGCAAAAAGUCAGAAGAAAAUGCUGAACUGAUCCAGGUUGAGUAUGAUUGGAUACUCAGCUGGGAGGAACGAUCAAGUCUUGCAACUGCGGGCCAACGAGCCGUCUAUAGAAUGUUCUUGAUCGCGGACCGAGCGGCCGAUAUUUGUGAACAGUUGGUGGGUGCCACUGUAGUCAAAGGAGAGAAGAUAACCUUUGAACAAACACUGCAAGAAAAAAUUUCAGAAUGUAUUUCGAAAGAAGCUACGCCCUUAGCGCCAACAGCAUCAGGAACAGGUGGGGCCGGGCGGCAAAAUCCACGAGGGCGCAAUGGACGGGGGAAUAAUGCUCGAGGAAAUCGCGGCGAACGCGGCGCGGGUGACACUGAGAAACAACAAGUAAUGAUGAAAUCGAUGGCUCACGCGUGGCUGAGACACGAAGUUGAAGGUCUCGAAGAAAGGCUUGAAGGAUCGGCAAAAAGAAAAGGUUCCUCACCAAUGACGGAUUUAAAUGGAAUUACUACGGGUGAAAACAUCACCCAGUAUGGACGCUGUGGCGGAGGAGGCCCUAACGGUGUGGGAACGGCCGUCGGAUUUAAUGGUUUGCUGGUGACAACCUCACUGAGUCCUUUUGUCGUCGUAGAUUCAUCAGCGCUUUCCACACGCUUGCCUGCUGUACGCACUAUAGCCUUACAAAAGAGGAGCAUGCUGAUUGUACCAACCUGUGUUGUAAGCCACCUAGAUGAAAUGAAGAAAAACGUAGCCCAAGCUCGAGAUGCGACGCGAUGGCUCGAAGUUGAAAUGCGAAAAGGUUCUAGAUACGUGAGAGUUCAAGGACCGGGAGAGGCGAGCAAAAUUUCUCUACUCAAAUAUCCCAAACGCAAGGAUCGAGAAGCCUGGCAUCUCUUCCAGCUGCUCGAGUGUUGCCACCAUUUGGGCAUUGGAGGGGCCACAAACCACGGAAUUGCUGGAAGACAUGGCAGACAGGAUGGGUCAAAUAAGAAUUUUCGGUCUCGAGGCGAAGUCGGCACAUUCCAAACUGGUGCAGUUCUUGUAUCACUGCUUAUUGCUAGAUCCGAAAGCGAUCUCCCUUCAAAUGCGGCCACUCUUGCAGACGCGAUCGGUGUUAAACUGAUCGACAUUGAUAACGUCGUUACAAAGGUGCCAUCUGCUCGUCCCGUGAGCAUUGUUAGUAAAAGCACGGACGUCAUGGUGGUGGCAUCUUCAAAUGAAAUUAGGACACCAGCAUCUCCUUCACUUGCUCUUCCCAGUGCUUCUAUUACUACGGCUGGCGCUACUGUCGUUGUUGGGGUUGACGGCGAUUCGGGUCGCAGCAAUAACGAGGCGCUACCGAAGAAUGCCGGAGGAUGAGGUUAAACAAACCCGACGAUGAAUGGCAACAACAAAGAAAUGAAACUACUGGAAAGAAGCACAUAAUGCCAAUAGCGCUUUCCUCAACCUGAGAAAACGGCCAAACAAGCAUACACGUAUGGGUCGGAUAUUUUCAUCUCGAGAAACCAAUGGUGGUACAAAGCCCUUCUUCGCCUAUUAAGUCAAUGAAAUGAAGAUCAUGAAGAUGCAUGGGGUGCAGAGUGGCUAGCUAGCACGGUCAGCAUACAAAUAAGGAUUACGAUGCAACGAUCUCAUAGCAUACAUGUGAGCCGAUGUUGGCGUACGUAACAAAUGUCGCUCAUAAACACUACCCCUCUGCCUUUUGAUGAGUGCAUAUAGUACCGUGCUAAGUGCAACACGCUCAUGAUGCAUCCGUUUUGAGAUCAGCGACUUGGUGCACAUCCAAAAAAAAA